CGCAACACAGGUCCCCCGCCCUUUUCCAACAACCUUCCCCCCGCCCCACUUUCCUAGCUCAACGGACUCGCACGCACGGCUUCUUCACCUCCUCCUCCCCCCGCGCGGCAACGCAGCACCGGCAGCCACCUCCUCUUCCCCGCCACGCGCCCACGCCCGUCGCCAACCGCGAACAGCGCGCGUAAACCCUAAUUAACACCCCACCGGGGCACCCAGCACGCGCGGCAGCGAGACGACGGACACGAGCUGCUACUGCUAGCGCCGGCCGGGAGGUUUCAGCCAUCAUGCGGCGGUCCGAGUGGGAGGACCGGUGCAAGCGGCACCCGGAGCACCGGAUGUCCAAGGGCGUCUGCCCCUCCUGCCUUCGCGACCGCCUCGCGCACCUCUCCGCCUCCUCCUCGGCGACCACCACCACGCGCGCCUCCUCCUCGUCGGCGACGACAUCGCCCUACUCCUCCGGGGGCUCGUCCCCGCCGCCCCACCACGCCGCCGCGCUCUCGGCGGACGUCAGCUCCGUCCACGUCCUCGGCGGGGCGCCCUCCAACGGCGCCUCCUUCGUCAACGUCGCGGCCUUCUCGCAGCCGCUGAUGCCGACCUCUAUCAGGAAGCAGCCCGCGGGGAGGCAAGCAGAGGCGGCGGGGAGGGAACCGUCGGCGAAGGGGAAUAAGGGUGAGGUGAAGAAGAAGAAGACCGGCAAGAAGAAGAAGAUCGGGAGGUUCCUGUCGAGGCUCGUCGGCGCGGAGAAGCGGCGGCAUGCCGGCGACGGCGACAGCGGCGGCGGCGGCGAUCUCUUCCACUCCAAGACCAUGAAGGAGAAGACGGCUUCCAAGUGGGUAUUCUUCUGAAAUUCUCUCGUCGGAUGCCGACACCAUGCCCGGUUUCCUCGAACGAUCGGCUCUUCAUCGCUAGCUCCUGAUACUCCCCGGUAUAUAUAUAUAUUUUUGUCAAGUUACUCCUGUGCUUCAUCUGGAGUUUUUGCAUGGUUUCUUAAUUGGGCUGUGUACAUGAGAUUAAGCCAAAACUAUCGAUCAUUUUGUAUUGUUUGGGAAUCUGUGUAUGCUUAUUUGUAAAUCAGAAAAAAAAAACAGGAAGUGUGUAUCGCGUAGUGUUUAGUUUGUAUAGUUUGUGCCAUGCACGAGAAAUUCUUUGGAUUUUUUGCCAAGAAUCAAACCGAUUUUCCUUUCUAGAACAGUGAAUUAUAUAUCUGAAAACCUUAAUUUCUUUGUA